AUGCGCCAAACCCUCCGCCGGUCCUGUGCUGCGUGUGCAAAGUCUAAACACAGCUGCGACCUCCGCACGCCGCGGUGCUCCCGCUGCAUCAAGCGCAAGGUCCUGUGCGCCUACGCCAACGAACCCCUGACGGCUGCUCCGGCUGCUUCCGGGUCCGCACCGGGGGGUAGCGCAACAUCGUCGCCGGGACCUCCGCUGGACGGAUCCGGUGCUUUGACCAACUAUCGAUUUGGAUCUCUUGAUCCUUUUGACUCUUAUCCUCAAACUAGACUGCCGCGGCAGCAAGUUCAACGUCUUAUUCAUAGCUUUCUCCACAAGAUCGCGUUCGAAUACUACCCUCUAGAUCUAAACGCGACGUCAAAUCCAUUCCUUGUCUCAUGGUGGCCAUUAGCUCUCGGUGAUCCAGCAUUAUUUCACGUUUCUUUACAAACAGCAUGUCUCGACGAAGAGUUGCUGGCUCAAAAAGGAUUUCAGUCAUCAGAAAUUCUGAUGGCGGAUUCAGUUGCUCUACUUCGCCGGAAGGUUCAAGACGACUCAAUGGCCAUUCAAGAUGGAACCAUGAACUCAGUCAUCACUCUAGCAGCUAUCGAGUUUGGCAAAGGAAAUAUCCAAGUUAGCAAAAUGCACGUUGAUGGAGUGAAGAGACUUGUCAAUAUGCGAGGAGGCAUUAACUCGGUGAGACAAACCAGUCCACUAACUGCAAGGAUGGUCAGCUGGGUGUCGAUGAUUGUUACCGGACUGCCUCAGUUUGAAACGCAGAACGACGUAGGCAUUGGCGACGGUGUCCCUACGCCUCCUGAAUGGCAGAUAGAUCCAACUAUUUUGGACAGUGAUCUAUCUCAUCUCGGCGAUGUUGAGAUCGAAAACGAGGUCGAAAAUGUUUUAAUACGGCUUCGGAGUAUUUUUCGCCGCGCGCAGAAAGCACCGCUACAACCAACAAGACUACAUGACCUAUCAUGUUUUGUCAUACACCGACUUCUGUUGUCAACCCCAGAAGUGGUAGAGCCACAUUCGGCAUCUAGUGAAACUAUCCGACUGGCGACUAUACUCUACAUCUUCAUCAUCCAGGGUCCGACGUAUUACUCACACGCCGUCAUAUUCAACACGAUUGUCAAUCGGCUGAUGGAAAGCCUGGCGGAGCUCGUACCAUACGCUCACUCCAGCAACAGUCUCUUCGUUUGGCUUCUGACUGUAGGCAUGGUUGCCUCGCAGGGAACCCAGCACUACACCUGGUUGACUGGCUUGGCAAGAGAUUUUGUGGCACUGGCCCAAGUGAAAAGCUGGGUUAGUGUACUUGCCUGUCUAAGAAGUGUUCUCUGGCUGGACAUAGUCCACGGCGAAGACAUCUUCCGACCCCAUUGGGAGACUAUUUUCGGCUUAUUGACUGAACACAACGCAAAGCUGGUCAAUAUCAUGCAGGCAGACGAAGCCUUCAGAUCUAAAUAUGCCUUUUAUUUGGCAGUGGGCUCCGCAAUCAAUCGCAUCAACUGCGGAGAGCCGGGCUUGGCUGUGUCCCGUGAUCACGUGGCAUGCUAUUUGGACCGUGGUGAUAAACAGCACCCAACUUGGACGAAAUCAAUCAGGAGCAUAUUUCUUGAAAGUUCAAAACGCCUUCUUCUCGCUGUACAUUUGAGAAAUGAGACAUUAACUGAUUCUACCCUACUGAAGCAAUCACGCUGGCUGGCUGAUCUCUCCUCGGCGUGUUGGACCCAGUUGGACCAUGCCAUCUGCACUGGUAAGGGGCGGCGGUUGGCCGCAUACAAGCGACCUCGAAUCGAAUUUAUUGUUUCUAUUGGCCAACAAGAAGACUCAAAAGGGCAUUGGGCAGUCCAGCCGCAUUUCCCCCUCAUCGAAAUCUUGCCGCCACAUGGAUCCGAAACAAUGGGUUUGAGUCUGAAGAAGAAGUUGAAGGACUUCAUCCGUGGUCCGAAGAAAGAUGACGCACCCAAAGAACCACUUCACGCCCACCCGAGUCCACGGCAGCAGGCGGGUGCGCUCGCGGAGAAGGCACCCAGCUCCUGCACGACCGAUUCUUCGGGGACAGCGCAAUCAAUUUCAGCCAGCGAACCAUCAAAUACGCUCCAAGAAGAUACACGAGACGAGCCGACCGCGAAGUUAAUGCCUUCCCAAAACAGUGAAGGGUCUAUUCGGCAGUUGUGGGACGUGGCAUAUCAAAACCUGCGAAAUCAAGAAGAGAGCCUCGUCCAAGAGUUCGAGGACCAGAUAUGCGGCAACUUGGCUGCUGGCCUUGGUGUCGGCGUACGUUCACAUGCCGGAACGAAAGACUGGUUGGCAACUAUCCUCAAGCACAAGAUGGACCAAGUCAACCGGGAGUCUUGGAAGUUGAAAUUUGGCAGCUCCGAGGUGGAAGUCCAGGAUGUUGUAAAGCCCGUCCUAGCCGUGGUCGACUGGGCCAAUGAUUUCGUUGCCAAAGCUCUGGUCUCAAAUCCAUACGCGUCGAUUGCCUGGAGUGGUGUGAGCUUGUUACUGCCGCUGCUUCUGAAUCCCUUGGAUCAAGCCGCCGCUCUGGCCAAGGGGCUUGAGCACAUAUCGUCCCUCAUAGUACGAAGCUCUAUGUGGGAAGAUCUCUAUGUCCGGCGUUACGAGUCUAAGACCAGCGAGGCUUCGCCGGAGCCGCAUGCUGCUUACAGACUCGUCUUGGAAAGACUGUACAGAGAGAUCCUCAAGUUUCAGAUUGUUUGCUAUCGCUACCACAACCAUAAAACUGCCUCUCGCAUGGCGCUUGAUUCUGUGAAGCAUCAUGACUGGGAAGAGCUGCUUGAACAGAUCAAAUAUCACGAGACCGAAUUCGACAAAGUAAGCAAUCAUGUGCGGGACCAGGCGUAUACGGACGAAUGGGAAAUCGCAGAGGCGCGGCAUCAAAAAGCCAUGAACCAAUGGGAAAGGAUUGGUACAGAUGUUUCCGAUCUGAGAAGAAGGAUUGAGGAAAUCCAGAACGAUGAGAAGCGCAAAGAAUUGCUCAACUGGCUUUGUACCGUUGACCCUUCUGUGCAGUACAAUGCCGCGCGUAGUAAACACCGCAGUGGCACUUGCGAAUGGCUAAUUCAAGAUAACGAAGAUUUCAAGACGUGGGAAACAGCUCCAAAGUCUUUCUUGUGGCUCAACGGCAAAGCUGGCUCCGGCAAAUCGAUUCUGAGCUCAUCGGUCAUCAAAAACUUGAAAGAAAAGUCAGAAGAGAAUCCUCAAGUUGCUCUUGCGUACUAUUUCUUCAGCUUUGGGAACUUGGAGCAACAAAAGGUAACCGUUAUGUUAUCUUCGCUUAUUGGCCAGUUUUGCGCGAGGCGUCCCGAUACGCCACAGCCGAUCAAAGAAUUAGAGAGUUUCAUCAUCAAAAGAGAGCGUCCAGAUACGGAGACACUUGAGAAUGCACUUAGAGCUGCCGUUCGUGGGUUUUCAGCGGCAUACAUUGUUGUAGACGCUCUCGAUGAGUGCCCGAUUCUUGACGGGGAGCGAACGAGGCUUAUGGACUGCCUCAGUAAGAUCAUUUCCAAAAUGCCGGAUAAUCUCCAUAUCUUUUAUCUAAGUCUGUACAUCGACGCCACCUUAGCUACUGGAACGUAUAAACUUUGGCCUCCCGAGAUCAAGACCGAAGCCAAGGAAUCAUUGCUCGCGAAAGCGGAUGGAAUGUUUCAAUACCUUGUCAGCCAGUUCGAAGUUCUCCAAAAGUUGAAUUCGAGAGAGAAAAUACGUUCAGAACUUCGGAAUUUGCCAUCAGGACUUGACGCAACAUAUAAUAGGCUCCUUCUCGACCUAGACCCCAAUUUUCAACCUCAGAUCCUAGACUCGCUGAAGUGGCUAGCUUUUUCAAGCAGACCACUGUGUCUCGCCGAACUUGCCGAAAUAUUCAUUUUCCGUCCUGGGGCUGUCAUCGACCUGAAGGAAGAGCGACUUUUUGCCCCAGAAGGGGUUUUGAGAUAUUUUUCAAGCCUCGUCACUACCGAGCCAGAGGAGCGGUAUCACAAUGGAAGACGGAAAACAACCACAGGUGUCCGCCUCGCUCACUUCACAGUCAAGGAGUAUUUGAUAUCCAAUCGCAUCGAACAAAGCCCUGCAAAGCAGUUCUGGUUUACGGAGAGGAAUGCUCACCUGCACAUCGCUCAUUGCUGCCUGUCUUAUCACGUCAGCCAAAGUGCCGAGGCCGAGGAGCAUCACGAUGGGCUACUUCUGAAAAGGUACGCAAUCGAUAAUUGGGUACGGCACUUAGACCUAGUUCCGCGCCAUGAAUGGUCAUCUGAGGUUGUCCGGCUCGCUGAGCGUGCCCUGUCCACCUGCAGUAACAGCUUAAACCUGCUUAUAUGGAAAAUGCCACUAUCCUAUGAUACGAAGCUGGCAUAUUGGUGCACCUGGAAGGAACAGAUCAACAUGCAGCAGCGGCCGUACUGCUACACCGCCGGGCUCGGCUCUCUGAAUCUCACCAAACUCCUGCUUCGUGGAGCUUCGAGAGCCAGCAUGUACUCGGUUCAGGAGGAUCUCAACUUGACCCUCCGAGUCGCUGCCAAGGCAGGUUAUCAUGAUAUUGUACAAUUUAUUCUUGCCCUAUGUGCAGGUGACAAAGCACGAGACGCGAUCACUGUCGGGCCGCUCCAGGCUGCGGCAUACCAAGGACAUUUGGCCAUCAUAAGCCUCUUGCUGGACAGUGGCGCAGAUAUCAAUGCGUACGAUGACGAAUUCGGGUCGGCUUUGAAGGCCGCGGCCAUGGGCAAUCAGUCGACAGCACUACAGUUACUCCUGAGCCGCGGGGCUGACGUCCGCACGGCAGGUUGUCUUUUGUCGUGCUGGAUAUCGGCUUAUGACGAGAACUAUAUUAAUGUCCCGGAAAAUACUGAAGUUUUGCAGCUUCUUCUCGACGGCGGUGCUGAUAUCAACAGCAAGUGUGCAAGACACGGAAGCCCACUGAAUCAGGCAAUCAAGAGGUGGUUAAGUCAGAAAACGCGUAGCUUUUUUGACUUUGUUGUAGGGCACGGCGCCGACAUUACAUUGGAUGAUGGGCGAGAUGGCACCCCGCUCCAAGCGGCAUGCCUCCCACCCACGAAACUGACGGGCAGACGUGCUGGUAACGCGUCUCGAAGCAUUGCAGUGAUUGAGGCCCUGCUAGACAUGGGGGCCGACGUGAAUGGCCAGGGUGGGGAGUGCGGUAACGCAUUACAAGUGGCAUGUUGUGGACGAUAUCGCCACACUAGUGUGAUUAGUCUGCUUCUCGACAGAGGCGCGGAAAUCAACCAGCUGGGAGGACGCUAUGGGACAGCAUUACACGCCGCCUGCUCGAAAGCGGGCCCAGAGCUGGUUAACUUCUUGCUUGAUAAAGGUGCUGACCCUGCGGUAGAGGGUGGGGAGUUUGGAAGCGUCUUGCAGGCGGCAUGUUCCAACUACAACCUAGACUACCGGCUAGGUAUUGUGAAGAAACUGGUCGAACAGGGCGUCGAUAUCAAUGCUGUCGGUGGCAAAUUCGGAAGCGUGCUGCAAGCGGCAGCUUCAGACGACGGCUCAAACUCUUUCAAGGGCGGGCGUGAGGAUGUCGAAACCUUUUUGCUCAGCAAAGGCGCAGAAGUCAACAUGCAGGGAGGGAUCUAUGGCACAGCACUUCAAGGCGCUUGCGACCGAGGCAAGAUGGGAGCGAUUCGCUUGUUGCUUUCCCAUGGUGCAGAUGUAAAUGUUGAGGGCGGAAAAUACGGAACUGCGCUUCAGGCGGCUUGCGCGGGUCAGCUCUGGGGAAAGGACUAUUACGGCAUGGCGCGCCUACUGAUAGAACAUGGGGCCAACGUACAUGUUCAAGGCGGCCUUUUCGGGAGCGCCUGGCAUGCUGCUGCUACAGAUCCUGGUUGGAGUGAUAACACCAAAACGAUGAGGCUCCUUCUCGACCAUGGUAUCGAUAUUGACAGCAUAGGCCGACCACAUGGCACUGCUCUGCAAGCUGCCCUUGAGAUCUUGGGGCAUCACGACAGCCUCGUUCCCAGGCUCCGGCUUCUUCUCGAACGCGGCGCUGAUGUCAACUUAGGAAGCGGUCAAUAUGGAUUUCCGUUGCAGUCGGCGUGCGUAGCGCCUAGUAUUUAUGGAUAUGAGGUGAGCAUCUACGGCCUCAUCUACCUCCUCGAAAACUGCCCCGAAAUCAACGUCAACAUGACAGGAGGAUUAUUUGGCACGGCUUUACAGGCAGCAACGUCCCAAGGCAAGACAAAAGGCGUUGAGCUGCUACUUCAGAAGGGCGCCGACACCAACAUUCGUGGCGGAAAGUACAGAAGCGCACUCAAUGCGGCCAUCUUCAAAGGGUAUUGGGAUCUGGUCGAGAUACUGCUGGAUGCUGGAGCCAAGCCAGACUUUUAUCAUCUUUCCGAACCCGACGAGGAAUGGCUGGAAAGUAUUGGCAGUGAAGAUGGGAAGGGCGCUGUGGAUCGUUACAGGAAGUUUUGGGAGAUAGAGACGCUGAAAUUGAGUCAAGGCAAGGCGCUACUACAGUCUACUGCAAUAUCGCUAAAGCGAAAGAAAUCAUUCAUUGGACUCAUUUGCAAGCUGCUGUCCACCCUUCCGCAACACAAUAUCAACAAAGCAACGCAUACUUACCAAAGUAUGAUUGCGUUGCCGAAUUCAUAUAAUAGCAUCGAUGAAUACGCGAAAGAUCUCAGCGAAUUCAUGGGAGCGCCCCUAGUCCGCCAGAUUACUGGGGACAUCCACGUCAACGACUCACUCAUCUACAAUGCCUGGGACGCUCUACCCGUGGAAUGGACAUCCUGGUGGAAAUCAUUCCCAGAUCAUCGCAUAGCCCAACAAGACUUGAUCGACAGCAUCGAAGAGUUGGGACCCUCCUCGCUGGCAAAUGAGGAAGCAAAUGAAAGCCAACGACACCAACAAUUGCCAGACAGGCCAGAUUCGCUGUCUAAGUGGCUCGAGAGCAUCCGGUCGCUCGCUCUUCCACGAGACCAACGCCCCGGCAAGACUAUCGCCCUCCCAGAGAUCCUAACAAGCCGCAUGAAGACCAAAAAGAUUGCAGAGGUCUCCACCGCCGCCGCAUACAUCCACAACGUCUGCCAAACAAACAACAUAACCCACAUCAUCGACAUGGGCUCAGGCCAAGGGUACCUCUCCAUCGCACUAGCCUACCUCUUCCCAGAGCUCCGCGUACUAGCUAUCGACGGCAGCGAGUCCCAAAUCGCGGCCUCAGAGGCCUGCGCAGCCAGUCUCGGUAUUCCCGAAAGCAGAAUCCAGCAUAUGCGGCGCUACAUCGACGGCACGCCACCUUUGGCGGACGAGAUGGCGGCCUGGGCUGAAGACGAGAAGUGCAUGCUGGUCGGCCUCCACGCGUGCGGGAAUCUCUCUGAGCACAUGCUGAGGUACUUCACCACGGUCCCGUUCAUCGUGUGUCUGGGCGCCGUCGGAUGCUGCUACAACCACAUCGUCCCGCGUUCCGCCAGUUGUCCUGAUGGAUUCCCCAUCAGUGCAAAGAUGCGAGACAGAAACGUCACGCUGAGUGCCACGGCGCUCAUGACGGGCUGCCAGGCGCCGAACAACUGGGAACGGGCGGAUCCGAGCAAAGCAGAGUCGACGUACUCCAAACGUCGCUUCUACCGAGCCUUAUUGGAGAAGAUUUUCCACGAUAAAGGGGUAGAACUCGAUAAGGAGGAUAGACCAGUGUGGGGCGUGCGAAAGGGAGACAUGGACAGCUUUAAUGCGUUCGCACGCAGAGCAAUGGGAUGCCUGAACGUUGACGAGAGCAAAAUCAGCGAUGCUGAUCUCUUAGCUUACGAGGAAAGGUAUCGAGGAUAUGAAGGCAGAGUGGCGAUCCUUUGGACGCUCAGUGUUCUGUGCUGCAAGGUUGUCGAGAGCGUAAUUGCUCUAGAUCGGUAUUUGUUCCUGACGGAGAACGGGGGGCAACAUGUCGAUGUUGUGCCGAUAUUUGAUUAUGCAAUAUCGCCACGGAACCUGAUGCUCGUGGCUGAUAAGACAUAG